AUGCGGCACGCCGCCACCUCCGCCGCCUGGACCGCUCCCGGCGAGGUCUGGGAGUACGUCAGUCAGCUUGUCAGCUCCUACCACGACCAGCAUGACUGCCAGUUCGCAUCGUCGGCUGCAGAGAGCGGCGCAUGCGGCAGUAGCACAUCUUCUUCGACGUCGUCAUCGUCAUCGUCGUCGUCUUCGUCGUCAUCUUCAUCGUCGGAUUCCGACACUGCGGACGGCGCUGGCGGCUCCGCUCACACAUCACCCGAUGACUCUAGUGCUGCUCUCGCAGCUGCAUGUCCAUUGCAGGUCAUCGACGAUGCGGACCUUGCGGAACUAUUUCCAGAACAAACAUCGAGCGCGCCGGCGCAACAGCCCAAUUUCGCGACCUUCUCUGUUCAUAAUGCGUCGUCCAACAACGAUGACAAGUCAAUUGCAGAUAAUGGAGAUGGCUCAAGUAGUGAAAUGGAAUUAACCCCACAGCUAGUAACGGCUGCAAUACAAAGAGCUACUGCUGACUCAUCUGGAUCAGAAAACGAGUGUUCUAAUUCUGACGCUGUCCAUCAAAAUACUUCGCAUUAUGCAUCAAGCUUAUUACAACAGUUUGUUGCACAGACGCAGUUGUUAAGUAGUACAGCUCCACUUCCUACAAUUAAUUCUGCUGCUACUCCAUCUUUAUCAUGUAAUAUCACAACAAAUUCGAUAGAGGGAGUUGGAACAAUCACUGAUUGUGUCCUAGGACAAAUAAAUAAUUUUUCGGAAAUUCAACCAAUUUCUUCAAAUUAUUUAAGUAAUACGCAGCAUUUAAGUCCACAACAAACCGAAGAGCUUUCGCAAAUCAAUAAAGCGCUCGAAGAAAUUACUUCCGUGACCGAAUCCGUUGCAUUGACAAUACCAAGUGCACCAAGUCUAGAUGAUUGUGUCGAUAAUAAUGAUUUUAUGAAUUUAGAUAUCACGUCUGGCGGUUCAGAACUUGGCAGUGCAAGUGACCUAUUAAAGAGCUCACCGAUAACAGUAGCUUGCGUUGAUACCGGCUCAGCUAGUCAAAUAGAUUCUCAAAAAUUAGAUACUAUUAGCACAAACUCUGUUGAAUCUCAGGAAGAUGUUAAAAAUAUCAUUAUAGAGUCGAGAAGAAAAAGAGGACGACCUCGUAAAGUGAGAAAACUGGAAGAAUACGAGAGUAAAGACACUGAAUCUCAAAAACAAAGUAAAACAAAAGAUAAUGUAAUAAAUGAUUUUCAUAACAAUAAUGAUCCGCCAAAUGUAUCACCAGACUCUGGAAUUUUAUCUAAUCAUAACUCCCCUACUCAUUCGCCAGUGCGAAGACACGAUAUUGAUGAGAGCCGUAAUAGACAUAGUAGAAAAUCCACACACAAAGAGAAUAGUAUUGGAGAGCGAAAAAGCGCAAGGUCUAAAUCAAAAACAAGAAGUAGGGCACAUAACAGAUCUGAUUCAAGUGAUUGUGAUUUCCAGAAAAAACGAAUAGAAAAUGAAAUAAAACAAAUAAAGACGGAGGCACCCUCUCCUAUUCCGCUAAAGCAAGAGCAAAGUAAAUUUGAUAAAACUAAGAAAAAUGAUCACAAACUUGAUAUAGCUGCAUUAGAUAGGAUGCUAUACGCUACUGAUAGAGUUUUAUAUCCACCAAGGAAGAAAGUAGGAAGAAAACCUCAAAAUAAAACCAAGAUUACAAAGUCUGCACCAAAAACUUUGAAGGACAAAAAUCAGUUCGAUUCUGCAGAUAGUGAUGACGAUUCUUUACCAUCUAAUAGAUCAGUUUUGUCUGGCGUUUAUGCAAAAAGAAAGGAAGUAAAUAGCAAACUCGCUAAUUUACCUAAAAGUAAUAAGAAUAGUAAAGUCAUAAAUAAUUCAUGGCGAGAUCAUCAAAGUGAAAAUGAAGCUGCUGCUGAUGACCCACUUGAUCCAACUUGGAAACAAAUUGAUUUAAACCCAAAGUACAAAGAUAUUCUUUCAGGUUAUAAAAGCGAUUACGAAUUUAAACCGUACAAAAGUUGUAGUAGAUUAAUAGAAUCUGGUUAUAAAAGUGACUAUGGUUGCAGAUCGGGAUAUAAAAGUGAUUGUUAUCGUUCAGGUUAUAAAAGCGAUCAUAAGUCUGGGUACAAAAGUGAUAAGUCUGGUUAUAAGACAGACUACAGCGUCAGAAGUAUGCGAAGACGAAUGCGGAAGUUGAAGAAAACUCGAUCUGUUAGAAACAGAUCCUAUUACAAAAAUCAAAAGCAUUUUGUUUCUGAUAAAGAAAUACUACUAUUAUCAAAUAAAACAUUCAGUAGUCUUACUCUAGGUCACAGCUCUAGUGAUUCAGAAUGCGAGACCUAUUUACGUAAACCGAACGCUAGUCCGAAAUAUGUCAGUGUAUGUACAAAAUAUCCAUUACCAUCAAAAUAUAACUAUGGUUUUACGAAAAAUAAUCAAAAGCACGUGCUUAGACUCAAUUCUUCAGAUCCAUUUGCUCCCGGUCCUGUAUUUAGUGGUUUGCAGAAGCCAGUUACCACAUGCAAUAUUUUUAAAGUAAGUCAUAAUAAUAAUAACACCUUGUUAAAAUCGCCUUCAAAGAGCCGUUACAUUGGAAGUCCUUUGCCAUCGCUUAAGCCAGUAUUUACUCAUAAGUUUGGCGUUUCACCUAUUUGCGUUGGUACAAAAUUGUCUACAUCAAAAAAAGAUGAUGGCUUAAAAAACUUUAACCGAACUCUUUCACCGAAAAAUCGAAAGCAAGCGAAAAAAGAUUCUCCAAAAAAGGAAAACACAUCAAAACCUUUACCGAGCUGUUUUGAAAAAGCAAAAAAUACUUACAUCCCAAACAAAUCUUUGUCUAGAAAUGUUUUCUUAAAUUUCAAAAAGCCACAUAUAAAACCGACGUACCAUAUUAAAAAGCAAAGAAGAACAGUUGUGUUAGCUCCACCUAAAAUAAAUUUAAAGCAAACAGAACGACCAUCUAGAAUUACUAUCAAAACCGAAAGUAAACACCACAGACAUCGUAGCAAGAGAAGACAUCGUUCAAGAUCAGUUUCGAGAUGUCGCGAAUCGUGUACAAAUCGCAAUUCAAUAGAUUCAGUUGAUCAAAAAUUUAGUCAAGAUAUGGAUAGUCUAAUAUCAAAUUUUAUCAAAUUAUGUCAAAUUGCUCCUAAAUUUAUGACAAAUGUUUCGCAAAUUACAGCAAAAACAGUAGAUAAGGAAAAACCUGCAACAGAACCAGCAACAACAAAAGUUAUUAAAAGAACCUCAAAGAAAAGAAAAACGUCCGAUAAUCAAGAGAUCGUUACUCCUACGUCUAAGCGAAGGCAUAAAAAACAAUUAACUGAAUCACAAAAUAAAGGUGGCAAAGAUACUAAUGAACAUAAGCUACCGCUGAAAAAGAGACACUAUCAUAUAAAUUCUUCAACAAGUAAUUCGUUGAGCCUAAGCUUAGUAACGGCUGAAUUUGACGAAAAUUCAAAAGCCGAUCUAAACUCUGGUAAGUUUUUAUGUACUGAAACUGAUUGUAUGGGAGAGAUGCAUAAUAAUGGCACAGAAGAAUCUACAAAACAUAAAACAAUAUCAGAAAAAGGGAAAAAAAGUAGCGAUAAUUCUAAAAGUAUAAUAAGUAAUACACAGGAAUCCAAAUCCCAGGAUUGUGAAUCUUCUCCGAAGGCUAAAACUAAUGUAAGUACAGAAGAUAGAAUACCUUCCAAAUGUGAUACAACACCCAUAAAUAGUACUCAGGCGUCUUUGUCAAGUAGUAUUGAUGAAGACCUUAGUAUAGAAAAACCUAGUCCAGAACAGUCAGAAUUGUCUAAAAAAAUUUACGAAACGUCUGAAAAACUUAAAGCUGUUCAUAAAAUGGUACACGACUUAGAGAAAUCUUUACCCAAAUCUAAAGAGGGUGAAACUAAAUCAGAGUCUUCAAAAAUUGAACCUCAUAGGAUGUCAUCACCUAGAUCUGAGAAAAGGGUUUCACCUUUGCGGAAUUCUGCACCUAUUGCGACACCUAAAAAACGUCACAGAUUGGAAGCUGAUAGAGUAAUAUCACAUUCUAGCUUAGAUCAAGUAGUACAGUCUCUGUCUAAAAAGCUAUCUGAAGACAAAACUGUUACUACAAGCCUUACUAAAGAUAUCAAUCAAAACACAUCGAAUGAUGAAAUAAAAGAAUCUGAAAAAUCUGAUAAAGUGGCAGAACUGUCUACGGGGCAAAAUAAUAUUUCUAACACUGCACCUAUAGAUCCACUUAAAAGUAUGUCAGCCCGCUCUUUGUAUAAAAGUUCAAUCCCGCCUGCACAGAAAUCAGAAAUAAUGACUAGAAAAAAGAAUAGACUUGAAGGUCUCACGAGCAACUUGGUUUCAAAAAUUAAUCCAAGUGCAGCAACAAAAGUCUUAGACACACUUUUAAAUAACAAUAUAAGAAAAUCUAUUGAAUCCCGAAUUUUAGAAAAAGAAAAGAACAAUUCUGAUAGCGUUAAUAAAACACCAGAAGAAAAAAGUAAAGGUAAAGAAUCUCCACAGAUUAAUACCAGAGCAAGUGUUAUCAAGUCACCUGUAUCUAAAGGUAAGGUUCUAGAAACUAAAAAAUCAAAAAAUGCCGAGCCUAUCGUGGAACAGCCCGUAGUGGUUAAUGUUGAUAACCCUACUGGUAUUUUUGAACCUUCAGUUGAUUUAGAAGACCAAAUACCAAAAUCAUCAAUUUGCGUUAAUGCUUUUGUAGACAGUUCCAAAGGUAAAAACAAAGUAAAAAGUACAGAUAGUAAAAGUGCAAAUGCAUUUUUAGCUCCUAUAGACACCGAAUCGGAGAUACCUCUGGCGUUAAUAUCGGAAACACCUGAUCCAAUCAUCAGGCCUAAACGAGGAGAAUCAAUAGCGUCAGUUUUGUCUGAUAAAAUACAAGAGACUGCUAGUGGUCAUAAUCUACGUCAGACUAAAAGAAAUUUGAUUAAUGAAAGCGAUGAUGCCAACGACAAGAAAAAGAAGAAAAUAUCUAAUAAUUUGAUAAGAGAAAGCAAGUUAGUACUGCCGGCAAAAGUGUUAGUAUCCAAAAUUUCAACAGAAAAAAUUUCUAUAAUGGACUCAAUUAACAAACCAUCUGGAAAUAUCAAAAUAGCUGAAAAUAAUAAUUCAGCAGAAAAUAAAACUCUAGAAACAUCUAAGAAGAGAGCGAGAAGGCGUAAAGCUAUCAACAGGACUGGUUUCCCUAGUGUUAAAAAGAAGAAGAAGAAAAUAGAACCAAGUAGUACAUUAAAUAUAAGUUCUGACCAUUUUACAUCAGAAGAUACAGACCAUUCUGUCUUCGACAGGGUACCUAAAGAUGGUGAAGCUAUGAGCAGUUUCUUAGAACGUACAACAAUUAAAAAACCAGAGCUGAAAGUUGUUCUGAAUAAAGAUGAAUUGCCGAAACAAGGUCGAUUGACAGUUGUUGCACUAGAGAAAUUACAAGGAAAAGAUUUUACAACAGAUAACAAUAUAAAUACGUCUUCAGAAAAGAAAACUACUGAGAAAAAGCUCGGAGGUUCGUCGAUUUUAAGAGCACCAUCUUUACAACUCAAACAAACUAAGAAUGAUAAAGAAGUAAAAAGUCACGUUAACAAAUGGGAAGUUCUCAGUGAAACUGACAGCAUACCAUCACUAACUAGUUCUCUUGGAAACGAUCCUGAAGACAGUAUCCCAUUAAGUUUGUUGAAUUUGAACGCUGGCAAAAGUAAUAGUCGCUUGGAUAAUUUGGAAAGACUGAAAAGAAAAACGAGGGCCAUGUCACCCUCUCACGAAAUUGAGGAAAUAUUUUCGAAGCGAAAAAAUGUCGAAAAAAACACCAAAGUGGGCCUUAGACCAAAGUCAAGUUUGGCUAUUUUAUAUCCUAGCGAACGAAGAUUUACAAGGAGUUCUGAUAAUACAGCUGAUGAUGGAAAGACGGGGACCAGAAAAAUUGGAAGUAAAAAAUUAAAUGUAGAAAACGUUUUAGAAAAAAACCCUAAAUCGAUGAGUAUAGUUACUAGAAGGAAAUCGAGAUCAUGUACGGUUAAUAAAAAAACUCAUGAAAUACAUUCCAGUUCGCGGGAAAGUUCAUUGGACACGGUGAUUAGUCGUAGAAUAACGUCUAAAUCUCGUGAGCCUUCCAUUGAUACCCUUCAUGACCACGAUGAAAACGAUCCAUUGCCUUUAAAUGAAAAGGAAAUUGAUUUUGAGAAAAGCAUCGAUGUACUUUCAAAGAGUAUUAUUUGUAAGAAACGCGUUGCUUCGUCGCGUGAUGAGAGUCCAGUCAACGGUGUCGACGGUCGAGAUAAACCACUAGUCUCAAAAAAGAAUCCUCGAUUAAGAAAGAAGUUUUUGGUAGCUGGGCUAUUUUCCGACUAUUACAAAGAGGAUCCUAAACCAGAUGGGAAAGGAAAAAAUCUGGUGACUCAAACUGAGUUCCCGCCUGGUUUGUUAGCGCCGCCGCCAUAUUGCGAGCGCUGGGUGCGACGAUCGCCCCGAUACUUUACUCUUCCGUAUGAUAUCUGGUGGGAACAACAUUAUAAUCAGCCAGUACCAUCUUGGAAUUAUAAAAAAAUUCGCACAAACGUGUACUACGACGUGAAGCCGUCGACCGAGGAGUGUGAGAGUGUCGCGUGCAACUGCGCGCCCUCGUCCGGCUGCAACGAGGAUUGCAUCAACAGGCUCGUGUUCUCCGAGUGCUCGCCACAACUUGAUAAGUGUAAAAAUCAGCGGAUUCAACGUCACGAAUGGGCAUCGGGAUUGGAGAAAUUCAUGACGGAAAACAAAGGUUGGGGCGUACGAACGAAACACAUGAUAAAAUCUGGAGACUUCAUACUAGAGUACGUCGGUGAGGUCGUUUCCGAUAAGGAGUUUAAGGAGCGUAUGGCGACACGCUACGCUCGCGACACCCACCACUACUGCUUACACCUGGACGGCGGGCUCGUGAUCGACGGACACCGCAUGGGAGGGGACGGUCGCUUCGUAAACCACUCCUGCAGACCUAACUGUGAAAUGCAGAAGUGGACUUCAAAUGGUACAUUUAGAAUGGCGCUGUUCGCACUUCGUGAUAUCGAUCCAGAAGAGGAACUGACAUACGAUUAUAACUUUUCACUAUUUAAUCCAGCCGUCGGCCAGCCAUGCAAAUGCGACUCGGAAGACUGUCGUGGUGUUAUCGGUGGAAAAUCACAGAGGAUCACAAAACAACCUCUCAAGACGCAAUCAAGAACUCCAUCAAAUGCAUCGAACCAGUCAAAUAGCUCAGGAGGCGCUCGAGUGGGUCGCCCUCGUAAAGCUGCCAAGUGUAACAAGAAAUGCGAACAGCCCAGUGUGUCCGCAUGCGAUAUCAAAAACAUGACAAUACUAAAAUACCAGCAACACCUAAAUAAACUGUGGCAAGAGCCACAGAUGAAACCUCUGACGGCUAAGGAGAGGACUUUAGUCAAGGAACGCCACUGUUUCCUAUUCAGAAAUUUGGAAAAUGUUCGUCGCAUCCGCGAGCGUUUAUCACUACCUCUACCCCCCUUCACAGAAGCGCCGGCCGCGCUUCCUGACCCCCCCGUGGCAACCAACCCCCCUACCUGCGCUCCCCCCGCUCCCCCCACUCCCUCUGCCCCCGUCGUUACCAACGUGAACCCGCUGACCCUCCCCGACACGAUGAACCCCGCGGUGUUCCUCAAGCGCCUGCAGACCUUACGCGCUUCGAAGGAGGAGAGUGUGAAGGAACUAACGCGAUUGGAGGAUGACUCGACGCUUGAUACGAAAACGCGUCUCGGUAGAGUGUUCAAAGCGCUCUACAAUUCCGUUGUGGCCGUUAAAGAUGAGGAUGAUAAACCUGUUUGCUCACCACUAAUGAAGCUAAAACUCGGUCAAACCAAGGAUGCUGUGUGUACCCAAGAUUUGAGUUCUAUAAAGAACAAUAUAGACAACGGGCAGUAUGAAACAGUGGCACAGUUCGAUAGCGACAUGAACAGCUUCUUCUCUAGUAUUAUACGGGAGCACGGUAAACUAACAACUCUUGGUGCCGCUGCUACACAUCUUAAAAAGGUAUAUACUGCCACUAAAUCGGACUUCGCCGAGUAUUUGAUCAAAAUUCUUGGACCCAAUGAACCUCUACCAGGUGGUUUCAUUCAAAAGUCGAAGGCCGAGGAGGUGAUCCUGUGCGCGUGCGGGCUGCACGUGGAGGAGGGGCUCAUGGUGCAGUGCGGGCGCUGCGGCGUGUGGCAGCACGCGCGCUGCGUGCGCCUCGCCGACGCCAAGCGCCAGCACCACUGCCACUUCUGCAGCCCCAAGCCGGUUGACCGUGAAAUUCCUCUUGAUGAAUACACGGAAGAGGGUCAUCAAUUCUACCUAUCAUUGAUGCGUGGUGACUUGCAAGUACGACAAGGCGAUACGGUGUACGUACUUCGAGACAUACCCAUAGAUGACAAACACCCAGACGUGAGUCAGAAGAAUGGAGAUAAAAACGAGUCGCCUAAAACUAAACGGAUGGAUCGAAAGAAGCUUAAGAUCGCUAAAGGGAAAGACAAAAAUGAUGAGUCUACUCAGAGCAAGGAAGGCGAAGUGCGUAAACAUACGUAUCAAACAAUCGGCGAGGUGCCGGUGUCCGAGUUGGACAUAUUUCGCGUCGAGCGCCUGUGGAAGCACAAGGACACGCAAGAGAGAUAUGUGUACGGACAUCACUAUCUUCGGCCACACGAGACCUUCCACGAACCAACUAGAAAAUUCUUCCAUAAUGAAGUAAUGAGAGUCCCUUUGUAUGAGGCUGUGCCCAUAGAACUCGUAAUGUCACAGUGUUGGGUUAUGGAUCUAAAUACUUACUGCAAGGGCCGGCCGGUGGGCGCGUCCGAGGCGCACGUGUACAUCUGCGAGCUGCGCGUGGACCGCUCGGCGCGCCUGUUCACGCGCGUGUCGCGCCCCAAGUACCCGCUCUGCACCAAGCCCUACGCCUUCGACCACUUCCCGACGCGCCUCAAGCUCACACGGACCUACGCGGUGAGUCGCUAUGUCGUACAUCUUACACAUAUUACUUUGUAACGUUUGGAUCUCUACUGUCACCUUAAAUAAAUGAAAAAAAAAUUACUACUCUAUUUUAUUAAACAGGGUUUAAUUUUUCUGAAUGGAAAUGAAUUAAUGUUUAAUUACUUAAUGAAAUGUAAUGAACGUUAAAAAAAACUAGUUAAAAUUAUAAUGACUCAUAGUAGUAAAAUCAAUUAAUAACAUUUGCCCACAAAUAAAAAAGUUCUCUGUCCCUUUGACGAAUCAGAAUUUGGGGUCCGUUUCGUCCCUACACUGCCUAAUUUUGAGUAAAU